GACAAAAAGUAACAAAAAAGUGGUUAGUUGCCCCAUCCGCGGUGAAAGGGCGCUUUUACGAGUUUUAAAUAAUUAUUUGAGAAACUUUCGCUCAUUUUAAAUUGCUCGGUUGUCAAUAUAAUUUAGAUCAUGCGAAUAAUAUGUUAUGAUUCUAGUUCUGCUGUACAAUACAUUUUUAUUGACACACGGCCCUUGAUCACGUGGUUUGCGAUUACCAGAGGCUUUCUACAAACUGUGUGAUAAACUUUGGUUUGGGCCGACGCCACUAACCUUGCGUUCGGAGUUUUCUAUCGAAGUUGUAGGUGUUGUAGUACUGCAUAACUUGUGGUGAACGGGAGUUUUGCGUGAGUAAUCAGGCGGCAGCAAUCGGCGGCGCUGCCUCGAAGUGUCAAGAUGCGCAACAAUGUCCUCAUCAGUUGCGCGCUCAUCAAUAUCGGUAUUCAGUGGGGUUUCUUCGUCAUUUCGGCCGUGCUCAAGACUGAACUCCUCUUCGACAUCGUAGGCUCCUUCACGUUCAUCUUGCUGGUACUGCUAAGCUACCACUGGGGGAGCAGCUACACACUACGGCAGCAGAUCCAGACCUGGAUGGUCGUCAUCUGGGCUCUCAGGCUGGGCCUCUACCUGUUCACACGCAAGCUUCGCCGUGGGAAAAAUUGGCAUCAAGAAAGCCUGCCACCACCGCGGCGACGGAAAUAUUUUCUCUGGUGGACGCUUCAAGCCGCCCGCGUGGUUGUGACGCUGCUCCCGACGCUGCUGCUCAACACCAGCCGGCGCAGCAUUCCCCUCGGGGUCCGGGAUUUUGCUGGAUGGUGCCUCUGGGCCGUGGGCUUCGGCUUUGAGUUCCUGGCUGACCACCAGAUGGCCACCUUCCACAGCGACCCCGCCAAUGAGGGCAAAUUCAUCUCAUCGGGUCUGUGGAGCGUGUCACGGCAUCCCAACUAUUUUGGAGAAAUCCUGCUCUGGCUGGGGCUGUACCUGUCGGCCAGCUCGGUGCUGCAGCGCAUGGAGUUUCUGUGCGUGCUCUGCCCCAUUGUGGACCUCCUGCUCCUCACGAGGGUCACGGGCGUGCCAGUCCUGGAGCGAGAGGGCUUUCGCCGGUGGGGCAACGACCCCGCUUACCACGAGUACCUGCGGUCCACAGCCCUCUUGGUACCCUAUCUCUGGUAGCCUGCCUUUCAAGCACAUGCAAGAUACUUUGACCCCGUGGUUCAUGGUGUUCUUGAUAUUAGCUGUGGUGAGGUACUCUGGUGGUUGUAAACACCAGAAAGAUUAUCAGGCACCUUUCACCUACGGCAUCUCUGAUGUGCGGUCUGGUAGCGUGCCAAAAGACACCAAGAACUUGUACCGAGGGAACACAGUGCCUCCAGUUUUCGAUGCCUCUGGCAUGAAGCACAAGUGAUUUCUCCCCUGUGGUACCAUUCCUUCUUGCUACUGCAGAAUCAGAUUAUGGUGCCUUGGAUGGGAAGCACAAGACUGUUCCAGCCGUGGUCUAUUUUACUCCUGGUAACUUACCACUGGUAGGAAACAAGGGACUAAGUACAGUCAGCACUAAAACAGAUGAGCACAAAUGAGCGAUUGCCGGGCUGACGGAAACGACAUUGCCUGGUGGGUGCCACUUUUGUAGCACUGGAGGAGCCGGCAGGCAGCGUCUGUUGGUAAGAGCACUUCUGGAACAUUGCUGCUGUAGCUGCCUCAGGCUUUUGCUUGCUCGUUGAGAGCAGCGGUACCUUCUUUUUCAAUCGCUGUUUUAACUGUCAUUGGCACUUUUUAAGGCGCCGAACCAGUAAGGAUCAUAGACAACGUAGUAAAAAGAAACUUUUGUCAAGUGUAAUUGUCUGCCUAUGCGGAGUGCAAGUUCGUCUGCUUCUUUUGCAGGGGUUGUGGUGGCAUCAGAAUGCCGAGCUCUGAUUGGUUCUGAAUGAAGGAAUAGUGGGUAGACUUCAAGGUAAUCAGAGCUCAGCGUCGUUCUGACAUCACCGAAACUCCUGUGCAAGAAGCAGACGAACUUGCGGUCCGCAUAGUCUUCCAAAGCACCAACAGAUUGAGAGGUGGGAAUGACCACUCGGUGUAUUUGCGGCAACAAUUUGACCGCUUGUGCUAACCUUUUUUAGCGCCGACCGUACCAAGAGAAUAUAUUUGAUGCGUGUUACACAAGUGCAAGCUCGUCCAGUGACUUGAGCAUAUGGAACAAAGCCCUCCCCGUUUUCAGUGGGACAUUACUCUGGUGCCUGAGAUAUGCUUGGGAUGCCAAGAGAUUUUAAUGCAACCAUGGCAGCCUUUGGGAAGUGGAUUGGCUUCAUGAUCAAAGCUCUUUGGCAAAGUGCAAGGGAUAUUUUCUAUAAUAGCGAGUUUGUCUCACACGCACCGCGCGAGUUCUCUUCCAGGGUACAUCGCAAUCGCAUAGUACCUCGCGGAGAACCGGGCCCGAACGAACUUGCCGAGUGCAAACUGAUGCUGUCGCCAUCUAUUUUAAAGCAAGAAUACCGACCUCAAACCGAAAUGACAGGCGGGAAUAUCAGGCGGUGCGGUCGCUGCAAUGUUCAUAUUUUUAAUGACUUAAACAGCGCUAUUGUCGUGAAGAUGUUUAAAGACAAAAUAUCUUUCUGCCAUAAAAACUGCUUGUAAGAAAUAACAGAAGGCGAGCAAUCUUUCCAGUCUUAUAUAAUUUUUUACACUGGAAAAAACACACUCUAUACCAACCGUGCAGAAGCUUGAUCAGGGCGUAAGUCACUGAAAGGAUAGGGUUUCAAACUGGUCCGUUGAAACCUCCAGCAAUACGUUUCAUGGCACCUUCGAUUUCAAUCCUUGGUUGCAUACAGCUGGGUCAGCUUUUAUCCCUAAUGCGGAGAUCGAGGGCAUUCUUGAACAAAGAAGCGAGGAUGCAAGAUAACUGGUGUAGGUAAAUGUUAAGCAUGGUGAUCUUGCCCGAGUCUCAGUUAAAAUCGCUAUGUUUAGCUUUCUCAACUGCUAAUUGGGAGAGCUUUGUCAACAAAUGUCCAUUCGUGAGUCCACAAUCGGUAAUGUUUUAGCAACAACUUUUUAUCCAUACUCCCACAAGAGAGGUCUAUAGCCGCCGCAGCUGUAUGCGUUUGUCCUGAUACUUUCUAUCGCGUGUCGUUCAAUUUACGUGAAUACGGUUAGAGAACUACUCAAAACUUGUAAAAGUGUGGGUUGACAAUUGCUUCCUUCAAGAAAUAGUAGAAAAUCGAAAUUCAAGCUUGCAUUGAAUCCCCUUUCUCGUGGGACGCAAUCUCUAGCAGAAAAUCCACUUUUGUUUUUUGGUUUCACUAGGCACAAAUGGCAGCUCAUAGUAGACGAGUAGCAGACGAACACCUGUCGUCUGCUACUCGUCCGCUCGGUGCAAAUGGCAGCUCGUAUUAAAUGAGAAGCCGACGAACACCUGUCGUCUGCUCUCGCACCCCGACGGGAUUGCAUUUUGGCGCACGCUCGAUUCUCUCGGUGCAGCCAGUGCAUGCACGCUUGAAGUGCCAGCCGGAGCGAACCUGCUCCAUGCUGCAAAUGGGCAAGCGAGAGCACAAGUGCAGUGAAACCAACUCACUAUAAAGUUGUAGUGAAUUUGUGAAAUCAUAACAAAUGUAGCGGGAAAGCUUGCACUACCCUUUCUAUUCCUAAAGAGAAGUUUGUGAGGCAAGAUGGUCCCGGUGAUUCGUGGAGGGUGCAAGUUUGUCACAAAUGUGUCCAUGAGGUGGGGAACGUGCAACUACAGUAGUUCUCGCGUCUUCUCGUGUAUGCCUUGGGUGCCUUUUGAGGUUCCAGUAGAUGGACAGCACAUGCAGCAGACAAUGUACUACCGUCAAAAUUUGGAGGUAGUCAUUUAUUGGGGGAUGGUCGCUCCUUGAGUCAAUAAUAUGUAAAAUUAUGUCCUCCGUGUAUUUUAUGAAUGUUACAAAAUUGAUGGGGGGGGGGGGGGGGGGCACCUAUUGUGGAAUGGGCAGAUGCUUGGUAUUUUAUGGUAGUUCUUGAACCACAAACUCUAGUGAUGUUUAUGGUGUAUUCUCACGAUGGAAUUUUUCUCGUGGAGAAGUCUUGGGAGCGGGCAUACGUCAUUGAGUUUGGAGGUCACAUGACCCGCGUCAUGGGGAUAACCGCGGAGGGCCUGUUAGCGGCUCACCGUCACCUCGUCUGGAUGGAAAUGGCAACGAACGAGCCAGCGCUGCUUUGCCCUUUUACUCUUAGUUUUGCUCUUAGCUGCGCCUCGACGGAAAACACAGCCGACUCCCCCGUGUGAAUGCUAGCCCGGUUAUCUCCGAGUGUCGUCGCCUCCGUCGCGGCUUAUCCUCCUCGCAGGUUUUUGACGAAGCCAGUUUCUCAAGUUUUCAUCGUGGAGAUACAUCUCUCGUGCGAAUACACUAUUUAAGCACAAAAAUCUAGCAAAGAUCAACUACCGUUAAAUCCCAAGCAGGUGCCCUCUCAAAAUUUGGAGAUAAUCAUGUAAAUGUAAAGAUAUGUAAAGAUAUUGCUCGCGUAUGUUUUGUAUGUUACAAGAUUGAAGGGUGGGCAUUUAUUGUGGAAUGGGUGGAUGCUCGGUAUUUUACGGUACUUGCAGCAUUUCUGGAAAGCCCUUAGAUUAUGGCAGCAGCCCACAGCUGCUUGUAAGGCCCCAAUGUUGUUAAAAUUUCAGGUUGGACGAGUUGGUUGUUCAUGUUGGUCGACGUUGCAGUGCAUUUGAAAACCUCGCUCCAGCUUCCAAACACACAAAAAACAAAACAUUCACACAGUGCUUACUAACAACUCUGUAUUGCGUGAUAAACUUCUGCUUCUACUUCUACUUCAGUUGAAGACGAUUUUCAA